CCAGAGCACCCUGCGGGACGCGCUCCAGGAAUGCACCCAGCAGCAGCGCUCACGGCAAACGCCACCGAUGGGAAUGGACUGGCACCCACCGAGGAGCACGGUACAGCGUUCACAGAGCACCAAAGCUGCUGGCCUGCCAGCACGCUUUCUGUGCCGUCUGCCUCAAGCUUAUGCUCAGGAAAGACGAUAGGACGUGGACCAUCACCUGCCCUCUGUGCAGAAAAGAAACCAUCGUGUUAGGAGGACUCAUCCGCACGCUUCACGAUAAAGACGACAUCAUGGAGCACUUGGAAAGCCCUCACUUAGCUCUGGAGAUGUACAUGGCUCCCACAGGACUGCACAGCAAGAGCUGGAUUCAAACCAGCCAGGACACUCCAUCCCGAGAACAACACGCUCCCGCGGACAACAGGCUGGCCAUCCAGAGACUGGUGCUGCUCUUGCUGCUUCUCGUGAUUCUGACCAUCCUCAUCCUCCCCUUUCUGUACUCCGGGCUGAUAAAAUGGGUCAUCUGCCUUAUGCUUACGCUGGGGGUGAUCAUGUCCCUGGUGCUCUGCUGCAACCCCAAGCUCUACUGCAGCGGGAACUCGCUCUCCUCCUGCCACAAGGGCAGCAACAUCAGCGCCAUCGCUUGAAUGCGAUGUCCCAGAGCUGCCACCCCAAAACGGCCAGUGAGGAGCAGUGCUCGGCAAGCCGGCUCUGGAAUUAACCUUUCCCAUAACAACCUCACCAAAUGUGGCUCUUAUUCCACUAAGACUCAAUGCCAAUACAUAGUAGUGCUCAAUUUUACCGCCUGAACAGAGUGAACUAUUUAUAUGUGGUAUUUUUAACACAUAAAAUGGCAGGCUAUUUGUGAUUUGUGCUUCAGACAGGUAAUUUUGCUGUUCUGCUUUUGUCACUUUGUUCUUGUUAUCUCUGGACGAGUGCAGAAGAACAUCAUCCAAAAUGCCUUACAGAUGUUAUCCUGCAAAAAUCUCUAUCUGCUAUUGUGCUUUCUACUCUCUUAACACACAUACGCUUUGGGAGAUGGUCACUUUAGCACAGCUUAUUACUUUAAUCUCGGUCAAAAUGGUUGUU